CCACCAACCGCCACCCUUCCCUAACUUCCUACCCUACCUUGCACCUCGUACCCAUUCAUCUUCACUCAUCCAUCCACUCAACCCACUUGUACAUUAUACUUCGUACACCAUCUCAUAUCAGAAUACUCCCUUUGACCCUCGUAUUUCCUUCCAUCUGCAGGAGCAUGAGCUGCAAUCAUAUUUUAGACUCUCUCGUUGGGCACUGCACCCCUGCGCAUCUCGACCCUGAUGCUUCUGCUUCACCACAAUUCACCCAAUCUCGUGCUUAGGUAGUCUCCAUUCACCAUCACUGUCACCAUACUCCGUCUUGCAUUGGUGCCGCCCCUCGCUUCCUCUGAUUCCGAAUACCGGCAUACCGAACUAUCGAUCCUAUCCUACCCCAUCCUGAGUCUACUGGCUUUCCUGCAAUGUCGAGCACGCAUCACCGCCGUGACCUCCCUACUCUCUUUACGACCCUGAGGCUCAAUGCACAGGUAUGAAACUACUACCUGGUACGAUAUCAAGUUUUGUCCGUACACGCAGUCAGGAAAGCCACCCGUCUUUGCCGUGACUGGCGCUUCCAAUACUGUCAUCUGCCGGUGUAUACCUUCCGAGGAUGACGCCAUUGAGGUCUUGAGGUGGUUUCAAGAUGAAGACCACCAAGAAAUUGGAGUUGAUGUGGGAUUCGGCUUGAACAGUCUCGCUUGGUCACGUGUCAAAAAUGGUGAUCCACUGGUUUGUGUUGCUGGAUCAGAUCCUCGAAUAAAGAUUCUCAAUGUGGUUACCGGUGAGAUUGUGAUGACUCUCGCAGGACAUGGCGGUGCAAUCCAAGACCUCGCAGUUUGUCCCACGGAUCCAUAUGUUCUAGCUUCUGCCUCAGAUGACCAGGGCAUACGCAUUUGGAGCCUAGAUCCCGCGCACGAGAAGCAGCGCUGCGCUGCAAUAUUGCACGGAGAGGGUCACCAGGAGAGCGUAUUGGCACUCGGGUUUCACCGCAAUGGAAAAUGGCUGUUGUCGGGGGGUUUGGACGCCCGUGUGAAUUUGUGGCAUAUUCCUGCGGUCCAAAAGGGCGGCAGCUUAUCCGAUAGGACGCCCGUCAUUCACUAUCCGCACUUUUCUUCCACGGAGAUACAUACCGAUUACAUCGACUGUAUUCAGUUCUACGGCGACCUCAUUCUGUCUAGGGCAGCUCGUGGCGGACAAAUCAUCUUGUGGCGCAUCGAUAACUUCGAUGGUGCAGACCUUUCAGCGCCGCCUGCAGCCCCAGUCCCAUUGGAAGCAACCUCCUUCGAGAAUGAGGAAGUCCGAUUACCCACCGACUGGACCUUGAAGACGAGGUCUGCCUGGGACGGCCGCUUCCAGCGCCUGCUAGCCUUCGGGCUACCCAAUGUCGGUGACGAGUACUAUCUCCGCUUCAGCCUCUUCCACGGGCUGGGCCAACCGCCGAUCCUCGCAGCAGGAAACGUCGGCAAAAGCACCGUCUUCUUCUGGGACCUCCAGGCCCUGGAGGACGCAGGUGUCGGCGAUGCGCUCUCCCUCGCCGAUUCUGAUCCAUCGAAAGUCCUCGACAAGACGUGGGCGCUGAGGAACCAAGACCGAGCUGCAAGUGAGGCCUCAUCUUCUUCAUCGGUCACCGCUUCUGUCGCCGCGAGCGAAGUGGAGAGCGGGAGAAGCACGCCCGUGACCGGCAUCAGCGGUCCCCGACCCGUUGGUCGGCCUCCCGGACGACGCAAGAAGAAGGUAAAGAAGGCAAAAGAGGUCACAGUGCAGAAGGGAAUUGGAGACCCUUUUCAUCCCAUCAAAGCUCAUAAGAGCGUCGUGGUGCCAAAAUAUGCGUUCACGGUGCGCCAGGUUGCGUGGAGUCCAUGCGGGGACUGGUGCAUAGCGACCGGGGAUAAAGGGGUGAUUGCAAUUUUCAGAAGAUGAACUUAACGCAGGUAAAUAGGUUGGUUCAUCGAGAUCGUAAAGACGUUAUCGAACCGUGGAGUUGAUUGCCAAAUUUACUGAUAUAGGGGGCGCAAAGUUUGAUUUGAACAGGCUUCAAUUCUUAUGCUAGAGCAGUGACAAGAGGAAUUGUUCAAUGCCCUCUUUUCGAAAAUGCGUGUGGAUCCCGUUCUCGCCUUUACAUCAAGACAUGUAUAUGCUUGAGCGAUGGGUGAAGAGUCUUUAACCAACUGCUCAACUUAACGACAGUGGGGGGUAUAUACUCGAAUAACUGUACAACAGAAAUAUAAGAAAAAAAUCCCAACAUGC